AUGAGGGCCCCGCUUGCCCUCCUCCCGGGGCUUUUGCUCCUACUGCUGGCAUUCGGUCUCGCGGCCUCGCAGCCCCAGCCCCCUCGGCUAGUAACCCCGCUGGCCACUCCGACAAGUGCCCACGAUGUCCUCUCCCAAGAGCAGGUGGAGGACCUGCUCUCCUGGACAGAUGACCUGUUUGCCGGGAAUCUGGCGGACUACUCGGUCCGCGGCAUGGGCUUCACGUACUGGGCCUGCCCGGGGCUGGAUCUACCUUUCUUGACACCCUCCAACUCCUCAAGCCCCGAAACCAGCCCCGGCUUUUGGACCGACUGCUCCCCGACCCAGACAUGCACUCCCUGCUGGCCCAGGGCCACGGCGAAUCCCUUCCGCCUGUUGGCGGCGCUGGCGGCCCCGAUCCCGGCCGGCGCUUGGCUGGCCCCGGUGCAAGAGGCGGCCGUUGAGCUUGGCCAACGCCCGGCCUUCGCGGGCGCCGCCGGUGCCGGCAGCAGUGGCGGCACGGCGGCCAUCUGGGCGCCGGUUUUGCGCGACGCGGCCCGACGCCUGCCGGCCAUCCCGCGAGACGUCCUGCGAGGCUUCGUUUGGCAUGCCUUCGGACAUUGGGCCGCCCUGACGGACAUGUGCGCCUCCCCGAGCGGAGCCACCUCCAUCUACUGUGCCGACAGCCCGGCCAUGAAGAUGGCUCGCGACGCGCGGCUUGGCUGCUCGCCGGUCGGCGACGACUGCUCCCGCCUGGCGGCCCGCAUCGGCCGAUCCACCCGCCUGUCCGAAUGGCUGCCCAUCGAUUUGACCCUCGGUGGCCGCCCGCUGGCGGACGGCUUGGCCUGUGCACCGGGGCCCCGGCGCCUCCUGGGCGAAUACCUGCGCCUGGACCGGCCCGCUUUGGAGCCCUGGCUGCGGGUGGUCCUGCUGGCCAUGACCGACCCCCUGUGUCGGGCCCCGCGGCAUCCGUAUGCCAACGUGGCUGGCGCCUCGCUGGCCGUCAUUCUGCUGGUGGUGGUGCCCGUGUGGAUCGGAUCGACCAUUGCCCGGCGCCUGCCGCGCCUUCCCAUGCUUCGGUGA